GACGAGCCCCAGCGUCUGAGCGCAGCUCCACCUUCGAAGGUCGAUGGAGAGACCCCCAAUGAGUGGCUAUGCAAGAGCAAAAGUCCACGGCGCUCCUGUGUGCCGCUACCGAGGCUUGCGCGUGAAAAUCUGUCAACAGAACCCCUGUCCAUCCAGCCAUCCAACGGCAAACAGAGCAUCACCAGCGCAGCCCGGACAUCUCGGACAAGUCUACUCGCAGUCUAGGCGCAAGAUUGAUAGUUCUAGCAGUCCAGAGGCCCCGUUGCGCUUGUAUGCUCGCCUUGGCCUUGGAAACGCGUCGCGUCCCGUCAGCAAGCGGAGGCUUGGUACCAGAGCAUGGCGACGUCGAUAGCGUCCGAGAGUGCGAUGGGCGUGUUCGCGUGUCUUCGAACCGUCAGAAACGACCAUCUGAAGUAGACACCUUGCCGCGCUAUGCGUCGCGUAGCAGAUGUACGCGCUACGCGCUUCGAGCCCCAGUACGAUCCGCGUCUGACGAGACGACUUUGCCCUCGGACGACGACGGCGACGCCAAAUCGUAUCCGAUUGCCACAAAAGAAGCAUCGACGGGAGGCGAUAUCGUUGAUGAACGAGUCCCGUGGUAUCCGAAGCUUAGGAGAGCACUGGAUCGCGCCGUACAUGCCAUACCGAUCGCGACCGUCAACAGCACUUGCUCAACUCACCUCGUAGGUAGGUCCAGCGGGUCCGGCCUUCUUGGCGGCGGAAGCCUUCUUGGGAGCAGCAGCAGCAGCAGACAUUUCGGAUAUUGCUUGAGUGGUUCGUUGGAGGUGUGUAAGACCUGAGUUGAGAUGAGGUCGAGUAGUUGAGCUGGCAAUGCGAUGAGAUAUCUAACAGGUUGCUAGAGAGAGUUGUGGA